AUGUUCCCCAGGGUCACUCCCGAGGUCAUCUAUGGAACUAUACAGACGAUGGUGUAUAGGACAGCUUAUUUGUCAUCCAAUUGGCAAGAUGGCCGAGUUGGUCUAAGGCGCACGGUUCAGGUCAACCUGAUCCCGAUGGUUCACAACUGUCUCCGUGUCUCGAAAGGGGCGUGGGUUCAAAUCCCACUCUUGUCAUCUCUUUUUGCUUCUUUGUGUUUUGGCAUUCGCCCAGCAUGCUUAUUACUGACAUGGUUGGGAAUGUAG